UCAUACAAAGACCAACAACAUGUCAACUACGGUAGUUGUUCAACAACCAACAGCCGUUCCAAAUAAUAAACUGAUGGUGACUGAUAUUCACGGUUACAGACAGUGGAGCACUGGCCUAUUUGACUGCUUCUCCGACAUUAAAACGUGCAUAAUUGGAUACUUCUGCCUUCCUUGUACCAUGUGUAACGUGGCCACCAGGACUGGGGAGUGCUGUUGUAUGCCUUACUGUGUUCAGGGAGGAUCAGUCGUUUUGAGGAGUAGAAUCAGAACCAUUGGCGGCAUUCAGGGUUCCGCCUGCAAUGACUGUAUGGUACUGUCAUGUUGUGGUCCGUGUGCAGUGUGCCAGAUGCAGAGAGAACUCGACAACAUGGGUGUUCCAUAAAGAAGAUAUCUCACAGAAUAACUAGAAACUGUCUUUUUAAACAAAAGUGUUAAGUCUGCUCUCCGAAGCUUCUAUAUAUCAUAUGUAUACUCGCUCUGUGUCCUAGAUAGUAAAAUAAAUUUUAAAAAGAUAA